AUGGCGCUGAUACGACGAUACGGCCUGUACACAAUACUGGCGGCUGCAUUCGUGUACAUGCUGUACUCCCUGAGCUUUCCAUACGAGACCGACGACCCCCAUGCGAGACCGAGUCCUCCCAAGAACGACGCUGGAGCGCACAACCCUGAACAGCAGCAGCAGCAGCACCAGCACCAGCACCAGCAACAGCAGCAGCACCAGCCGUACCAAUCCUUUGAUUGGGCAAGGAAACCCAUUCAGCACCCCGUCAAGGAGUUCACGCAGCUACCCACAGCUGCGCCAGCAAAGCUGCCCAAGAUCCAGUUCGACUUCAAGAAAGAGGACGCUACAGCGAAGAAGAUACGCGAGGCAAGGAAGGAAGAAGUCAGGAAACAGUUCUUGAAAUGCUGGACCUCAUACCGCCACAUGGCCUGGAUGCACGACGAGUUGAAGCCCAUUAGCGGCGAGGUCACCGACCACUUUGGAGGGUGGGCGGCCACGCUCAUUGACGCGCUCGACACGCUCUGGAUCAUGGGCUUCAAGGGAGAGUUUGAGUCUGCCAUCAAAGACGUGGAGAGGAUUGAUUUUGGAUAUACUGCGCUGCAAAAGGUCAACGUGUUUGAGACAAACAUCAGACAUCUCGGCGGCCUGCUCGCAGCAUUCGAGCUGAGUGGAGAGAAGCGCCUGCUCAACAAGGCCAAGGAAGUCGGUGAGAUGCUCUACCACGCCUUCGACACGCCCAACCACAUGCCCGUCACACGAUGGGAUUUCCGCGCUGCAGGCGAAGGCAAGAAGCAGGUUGCAGACACCCAGGUUCUGCUCGCGGAGCUCGGUUCCAUGACUAUGGAGUUCACACGCCUGUCUCAGCUUACGGGCGACCCAAAGUGGUACGAUGCAGUGACUCGUGUCACCAAAGAACUGGAGAAGCAGCAGGACAGCACAAAGCUGCCCGGCAUGUGGCCAAUUGUCGUCAACGCGAGGAAUCUCGACUUCACCGAGGACAACGCAUUCACCUUGGCCUCCAUGGCGGACUCCACCUACGAGUACCUCGCGAAGAUGUAUGCGCUACUUGGUGGUCAGGAUCUUACGUACAAGAAGCUGUACGAGAAGGCCAUGAAGACGGCAGCCAAGCAUGCCAUCUACCGUCCUAUGACUCCGGGCGAGUCCGACUUGCUCAGUUCAGGCAUGGUCCGGGUGGACGGCACCACGGUAUCCUUGGAUCCAGAACUGCAGCACUUGGGCUGCUACACGGGUGGAAUGUUCGCUUUGGGAGGCAAGAUGUUCGCGAACGAAGAACACGUUGCCAUCGGACGCAAGCUUGCGGAUACGUGUGUAUGGGCGUACAAGAGCAAUCCGGCAGGCAUCAUGCCCGAAGUGUCGCAUCUUGUCAAGUGUGCGAACACGACUGAAUGCCAUUGGGACGACAAGAUCUGGCACGCCCAAGUCACAGCAAGGGCCGAUCUGCAGAGAGAAGCGGACCCACUGAGGAACAUUGCAGGCCUCAGGCUCCCUCCAGGUUUCUCUUCUAUUGAAGAUCGUCGCUACAUCCUUCGGCCCGAAGCCAUUGAGAGCGUUUUCAUCAUGUACCGCAUCACAGGCGAGCAGUCAUGGCAAGCAGCGGGCUGGGACAUGUGGACUGCGAUCUUGAGAGUAACAGACACCGACAUUGGCAACGCCGCCCUGCUCGACAUCUCGGCAGACACGCCACCGAUGACGGAUUCAAUGGAGAGCUUCUGGAUGGCAGAGACCCUGAAGUACUUUUUCCUUUUGUUCAGCGAUCCCAGCUCAGUCAGCUUGGACGACUACGUCUUUAACACUGAAGCGCAUCCUUUCAAGAUACCCAAGGCUGAGCAGUAG